AUGAGUGAUAAUGGAGAUAACGAAAAUAUGGAGAAAAAACGAGAAUCCUCUACGACUUCUUCGUUAGACAGCAAAAGCGACACUGAUUUAAUAGUGGACGAACGAGAAACUUCUUGGCAAUCAAUAUAUCUUCUAACUGCGAUUGGAAUGUUUUGUGGAAUUCAAUUUUCCAUAUUUUUCCCAACACUUUGGCCAUUUUUGAAUACUGUCGAUCCGACUGCAUCGGCUUCGUUUUUCGGAUUUAUCACUGCCGCUUUUUCAGUUGGUCAAGGGUUGGCAUCUCCGGUUUUUGGUUAUUGGAUGAAUAGGGCAAAGUCUGUCCGGCAACCACUCGUCUUUGGGAUCUCAAUUAUGAUUUUAUCGAAUAUAAUUUUUUGUUUCGUCGAAGCGUUUCAAGAAAAAGAAAGAAGAUGGGUUAUGAUGGUGGCCAGAUUUUUUAUUGGCGUUGGAGCUGGAACAAUUGGAGUCAUGAGAGCAUAUGCAGCAACUGCUAGUAGUUUAAAAGAUCGUGCAAGGGCAAUUACCUUUAUUCAAGCUUCAUAUGUCAUUGGAAUGACUUUUGGUCCCGGAAUUCAGGUCGCCUUUACCCCAAUCGGGUACCCGGGUUUAGCAUCCGGCCCAAUCCACGUAGAUAUGUAUACAUCACCUGCCUGGUUUGCAUCAAUUAUCUCGUUUCUGUCGGUGCUUUUUAUCUUUAUCUUCCUGGAAGAAAAUUAUGCUGGAAUUGAUGAAAGUGCAGAUGAUGAGGAUAGCUACACCGCAAUGCCAACAUUCGAUACGAUAUCAGUGGCGGUCUGUGUUUUGACUCAAUUUACAUUGAUGUUUAUUAUCACUAAUCUUGAAACAAUAGGUUCCUUGUACGCCAAAAUGAUGUGGGGAUGGACGAAUGCUCAAGCGGUGGAGUAUACUGGAAUUCUUCAAGCAGUUAAUGGCUUGGUUGGGGUUUUGGUGUACGCCUUAUUCGCUGUUAAAUUGGGAGAUUACAUCUCACAAGCUCGCGAACGAAUCUUCACAAUUUUCGGACUGGCACUUGGUGUGUUAUAUCAUGUGGUCACUUUUCCUUACCCAUGGGGUAAAGAUUUGCAUUUCGAGCUUAAAAAUGUUACGGUACAUGGGAAAAAUGAAACGGAGGAGUUGGGAUGCAAUCCGGAAAAAUAUAGAUGGUGUGGCUAUACUAAGGAUGUCAAUUUCUGGAUCUACGCCUCAAUGUACGGUAUCGUUCUCGCCGCGUGCUUCCCAAUCGUGAAUAUUUCGAUGAACACACUUUUUAGUAAAAUUUUGGGCGCCAGGAGACAGGGAACAAUGCAAGGGAUUAUGCUAAUGGCUGGAAGUUUCGCUCGAACUGUCGGCCCAAUUCUAGUCUCUUGGAUUUUCCAAGAAUGGGGACCCGAACCCAUUUGGGGCAUCGAGAUUCUCACUCUAUCUGUCACCGCAAUUUUCUGGAUAAUUUUCUAUCGACGAAUGACUCCGCUGGACACGAAACCCAAACUAAACCCCUAUGAAUAUUUCCAUUAUGCCAAAGGAGUACUGUAUCGGAUUUAA